AUGUCUGUUUUGAAGCUAUUGAACCCUGUGCGAGUGCGAGGAUUUGCUUCUUGUGCCAGGUUGUACCAAUCAGAACUGUCAUCAUUGAAAGAAUAUAAGAAUACCAUCAGUACACUGUUAAAGAACCCUGCACAUGAACUAACAAGCCCCAAUUUAGUUGCACUCCAUUCCAGAUUAAGAUUGCCUCAAGGCUUAUCCUAUUCUCUUUUGUCCAGAUGUUUGACGUGUCGUUCUAGUGGGGAAGUGAACUAUGACAAUGUCAGUUUGAACAUUUUUGGUAAGAGUCUUUUAACUUUGGCAGUUACAUCCGAGCUAAUGAAAAAAUAUCCUAGGCUACCGGGUGUGGUUUUGAAUGCUGCUGUGGAUGCAUAUAUUAACGACCAUGUUUUGAGCAAUGUCGGUCGUUCCUGGGGUAUAGAACCGGAAACUCAAAGUGUAGUGGAUAGAUAUGCAAAGAAAGAAAAUGUUACCAUUACAUUGGGUAAACUACGUUAUUUCCAAAAUUCCGUAGAUGAAUUGCAUAACUUCACUGAGAACAAUGCUAUGGCAGUUGCCGUAAGGAGUAUAUUCGCCGCUGUAUACAGUGUCGACAAAGAUUUCAACCAGACACAUAAGUUUAUCGCAGAUCAUAUUUUGUCCAGAAAGCUGGACGUUAAAGAUUUGUUCGCGUUCGAACAACCAACCAGAGAACUGGCAGCUUUGUGCCGUCGCCAAGGAUUGGAAAGACCGGUAUCGAAACUACUUGCAGAAAACGGUAGAUUGUCUAAAUCACCCUUGUUCAUCGUUGGCGUUUUCAGUGGUGAAGAGAAAUUAGGCGAGGGUUACGGUUCAUCUUUGAAAGAAGCUAAAGCCAGAGCCGCUACAGACGCUUUGUUGAAAUGGUACUGUUACGAACCAGUGCAUGGCCAACAGAAUGUCGUUAUUGACCAAGGCGAAGUGUUAGUAUAG